AUGGAGGAAGAAGUUGCUGCUCUCGUCAUCGACAAUGGCCCGGUCGCGGUCGUUGCCACCCCUAAUCCGCCCACGACGGGAGAUGGAAUCCAUCCCAAUGGCUUUCCACCUCCCUUCAAAAUUACCAAAUGGCGCUCCAAGGACUAUGAGAACUAUGAUACUGAUGAUAUGCGAUGUAGUUCGGGUAUGUGUAAGGCCGGUUUCGCCGGUGACGACGCACCACGAGCUGUCUUCCCCUCCAUUGUCGGUCGUCCCCGUCACCAUGGUAUCAUGAUUGGUAUGGGUCAGAAGGACUCCUACGUUGGUGAUGAGGCACAGUCCAAGCGUGGUAUCCUCACGCUCCGUUACCCCAUUGAGCACGGUGUUGUCACCAACUGGGACGACAUGGAGAAGAUUUGGCACCACACCUUCUACAACGAGCUCCGCGUUGCCCCCGAAGAGCACCCCAUUCUCUUGACCGAAGCUCCCAUCAACCCCAAGUCCAACCGUGAGAAGAUGACCCAGAUCGUGUUCGAGACCUUCAACGCACCCGCAUUCUACGUCUCCAUCCAGGCCGUUCUGUCUCUGUACGCUUCCGGUCGUACCACUGGUAUCGUUCUCGACUCCGGUGACGGUGUCACCCACGUCGUCCCCAUCUACGAGGGUUUCUCUCUUCCCCACGCUAUCUCGCGUGUCGACAUGGCUGGCCGUGAUUUGACCGAUUACCUGAUGAAGAUCCUCGCUGAGCGCGGUUACACUUUCUCCACCACUGCCGAGCGUGAAAUCGUCCGUGACAUCAAGGAGAAGCUCUGCUACGUCGCCCUCGACUUCGAGCAGGAGAUCCAGACUGCUUCCCAGAGCUCCAGCCUCGAGAAGUCCUACGAGCUUCCCGAUGGACAGGUCAUCACUAUUGGCAACGAGCGCUUCCGUGCUCCCGAGGCUCUGUUCCAGCCAAACGUUCUUGGUCUUGAGUCUGGCGGUAUCCACGUCACCACCUUCAACUCCAUCAUGAAGUGUGAUGUUGAUGUCCGUAAGGAUCUGUACGGCAACAUUGUCAUGUCUGGUGGUACCACCAUGUACCCCGGUAUCUCCGACCGUAUGCAGAAGGAGAUCACUGCUCUUGCUCCUUCUUCCAUGAAGGUCAAGAUCAUCGCUCCCCCCGAGCGCAAGUACUCCGUCUGGAUCGGUGGAUCCAUCCUGGCCUCCCUGUCCACCUUCCAGCAGAUGUGGAUCUCCAAGCAGGAGUACGACGAGAGCGGUCCUUCCAUCGUUCACCGCAAGUGCUUCUAA